AUUGGAUUCCUCCUUCCGCUACCAUUGCCCCAAUCAAUAAUUUAAUAUCUACGGAGUACUACUUACUUGCUAGGUAACGGAACGACAAGUUAGCCUCAUACUCCCCAGUGGUAAGUGAGAUUAGUGAGAACUACUAGUCCAUUGAUUGUUUCUCAUUUUUUUUCCUUUUGUCGCCCUCUUCCCUUUUUCUUCUUUUUCUUCUUCUCCUCUACUUCCCUUCCCUCUUUUCUCUCGCGUAUUUCUAGGCUACUUUUUUUUUUUCAUUCUUCUCUUACGUGUAUAAUCCAUUCAUGCGGGGUGAACCUGUGUUGUUUUUUGGCUAUCAUUCCGUUCGUUCGUCAAUCGCAACUGCAAACGGUCGCUGUUAAUCCUUCCCACCUCUCCUACUCUCGUUCGCUCCUCGCCACUCUUUCUCUCCUUCCAUUUUCCUUUUUCUUUUUUUCUCCCAGUCGGGCUGGGCUGGUUCGUCCCUCGUUUUGGAGAGAAGGAGCUGUAGCAAUUCAGGAGGAAGGCAUACCGUCGUCGUCCUUUUGCUCGUCUUUCCUUUUCCCUUGUCGCUGAUAUACAGUCCACAAUAUCGGCAGUCACAAGCACCCCCUCGCUCAUCAUGCCGUUCUUUUCGCAGCUUCGUCGCCGCUCCAGACCUAGUUUUCGCACCACCAAAUCCAAUGAAUCGCAAUCUAACGGUGAAAUGACGUCGGGGAAGUCUUCUUCCACUCUCGAUACGGCUUCGUACAGCUCCGUCACCCCACCUUCCUCCAUAAAACCCACCGCGUCGUCGCCGAAUCUGCCCUCGUUGAGCGAAAUCAACGGCAAUGCUAAUGCUAACAAUUCAACGCUGUCGGUGCCCCCUCAGCGGCCAGCUCCUCACUCGUCCCCAUCUCAGCGCAGUAGCGUUGUUGGCAGUGUCAAUGGCGGGGUUCGGUCGCCAACCCCUUCCUCUCCCUAUGCGCCCAGAAUUAUUUCCAUCGCAGAUAACUCAUGGGUACAUCAAAAAGUACUCCUCGUCUACGGUCAGAUUGGAGAUCCGAGGCAACAUCCGCUGGACGGAAGCGUAACGGUCUACCAUCACCAGGAUGGGUUCCCAUCGGUCAGCUGGCCUGUCACGUCGUCUCAUUUUAAGCUUCUAGUACACCUCACUCCAGGGCCCAAUCGUCUUCGCCUCGACUUCGUUUCGACCAAGCUGUCGGCGGGCAGCUCAUAUCCGGCCGCGCACUCCUCCUGGAUUUGUAUCAACUAUCUUCCAUUGGUGAACGCCCCCCCCUUGCACCUGGUGGUUUUGCUAGGAAAGGAUUCCGACGGGACAUUUGAUGCAACCCCGGCAGAAAUCCAGCGAGAAGGGAACGGUCUGGAAACUGCUAUUCGAAAGUACCGAAUGGCCGCAUAUCUGUGGCAGGCCUUUACUGGUGAGCAAAUGUUUCGGAACAACUUCGGCAGACGAUGUUUCCGCUUCGAGGAAGAGUGGCAGAGUGGAACUCUAAGCCGUCGCGAUGCAGUCAAUGGGCAGAUGCGAAAUGAGGCCAAGGUCCAUGUUAUUCGUACCGAUAAAACGGUCGCAGAACUGCGGGAUCACGAUAUCGCCCAGCAACAUGGCCCCGCUACUAACAAGGACGAAUUAUUCAGGAUCGCCAAAGAUGCUGUGAAGAACUAUCUUCAUCUUCAGCCAGGCCAGAAGCAGUAUGUAUCAGUUUUACUUCUGGAUUCGCACUGGGACACGGGCUCCCAGACUAUCACGGGUCACGCGGCCCUUGGGUCAGGCGGGGACGAUGUUAAAAUGGCCAUAUUUGGAUCACAUAGCCUUCACAGCUAUCCCUCAAGCCUAGAAGAGGUCGUAGAUGCCUUCUCGGACUGCACCCGGACGGAUACGGAUUUCGUUGCGAACGACUGCGGCGAGGCCGGUUCCCGUUGGGAGUCGGCCAAUAUCGGCAUUGGAGCUCACCUCCAUGAAGUUGGACAUCUCUUUGGAUGUCCACACCAGGAGUCGGGCAUCAUGCUCCGCGAUUACGUCCGUUUUAAUCGGUCAUUCAUGACUCGCGAACCCUUCUCGACCCGUACAAAGACUCAGGGACUCAAGCUAUGCCUACCUCAGGAUGAAUGUGGCUGGCACCGACUGGAUGCGCUACGGUUCCGAUUCCAUCCAUCUUUCCGGCUUCCUGGUGACGCUCCUGUGAACUCGGAUGAUAGUGUUCAGGUUUGGCCUGUCGAGAAUGGCAAAAUCCUAAUUACCGCAACCACCGGUAUCGCAUUCCUGGAGUUAUAUGCAGAGGGUGACCAGGUUUGCCACAAUUUCAUCGAGUACGUGAAUACAGAAUCAAGCAGCAAUGGACUCCCGAGGCAGAUCACUGUGACGGAGACUGAGCUGCGACAACGCGUGUUCGGCAACGAUAAAGAGAAGAAAAAGAAUGUCAAAAUGACGAUUUUCUCCGGUGCACUUGGCAGCCACACUGUUGAUUCCAUCAGUAAUCUAAAGUCGAAACUGUCUCUGGUGAAACUUCCGAAGGGUCAUACCGGUUACAAGGGCGGUAAGCUAGGAUUUUCACAGAUGGAAGGCAGUCAACCAGAACAGCUCCUGUUGGACUGUGCCUUCGCAUCAACCAAACUUUUGACCUCGGUUAGGGUCUAUCAUGGCGCAGCCGUGGAUGGGUUGGAGUUCUUCUAUGAAGAUGCUACUAGUCAGCUCUUUGGAAAGCGAGGAGGAAAGCUGGGUGGGGAUGAAUUUGUUCUUGACACUCGACGCGGGGAAAUUCUACUCGGCUUUUAUAUUCGAGCGGGAGCUUGGAUCGACGGAAUAGAGAUUCUAACCAGCCAGGGGAGGAAGUCUGGUAUUUUUGGCAAUGCUCAUGGCGGCUCAGGGCACACAUUGAUUCCACCUCUUGGCUAUAAAAUAGCCGGCAUCUCAGGAUCCUGCGGAUCCUGGAUUGAUGGAUUUUCAUUAAUCAUUAUGCACUAAAACUAUAUUAAUAUUCCACGCCUCCAUUAUCUCAACAGCAGGAUAUGGACGAAAGGCCUGCAGUUAGUUGAAACACUCCUGGCUUUACGCCGGCUGUCCCUCCUCCAUACUAGAGCGUCUGAGGGACAUUUGGUUCCCUCUGAGUCCCGGAAAGAGAAGCUCCAUCCAAUGCUCCCUACAGCUUCAGGUUCAAGGGUCCUAUAUCUUGUUUGUGCUUGGGCAACUCUCCCUCAGGACAAAACAGUACAGGGUCAGUCCCCGAGUUUCUUUUGAUUAGUUUUCUUCAGCUACACCCAUCGAGCGAUUUCUCUUCGAUAGACAACCUAUCGUUCAGAGUGCCAUUGAGUCCCAUGAAUACCGCAUAUUUUUCCGGCGCCCGGGAGUACGGGUGACAGUGCUCGGGAGUUGUGGUGUUGUCCCUUUUUUCCUUCCGCGACUCGCCCUAAGGAAAAUCGAUGAAGGCGCAUCAUUGACAUUAUGUAUGCCAUGAGUUAAGCGGGACUUAGAAUCACCGGCAGUUCAUCCUGGAAUAAUUCCGAGGAACAUAAUUGAUAGUUGGCCAGACGGCUGAUCCAUAGAUAUCUUCACAUAAUACCACG